UCUUCUUCUUCUUAUUAUGUAUUGGUUUUAUUCCAAUUUGUUAAAAUCAUCAUUUGAAUGACAACAAAUUCCACUGAUUUUGUCACCAUUAUCAUCCUUCAUCUCAAUGAAACCCCAAUUGUUGGAUGAAAUUAUGAAGACCCAGAAGAGUUGAGACUUUGUUUCAGAGAGAGUGUGUUUUAGUAUCAAGUGUGAAAUUGUUCUUGUCUGAUGAUAGUUUGUUAUCUAGUACGAAGUUGUUCUUGUCUGAUAAGAGUUCGUUUAGGGGGAAGAGAGAGAGUAGAAGAAUGAAGUUGUUCAUGUCUGAAAUAUCUGUAUACAGAUACUUCAGCGCCAAAACCACUAGCAAAAGCACAAAAUGGCCUCGAAUUAGUUACAAGAACAAGAGAAAUAACCACACAACCCCUAAAAGUAGCAGAAUUAAGUGGACUGACGAACAGUCACAAGUGUUGGCUGCCAUUUCCAGGGGCGAGUCGGUUAUCGUCACCGGCUCUGCAGGUACUGGAAAAACCAUUUUAGUCCACCAUAUCAUCAAAUUGCUCAACAAAAUUCACGGCCCAUCUCAGGUUUUAGUGACGGCGUCCACUAGUGUGGUUGCUUGUGCUCUUGAGGGGCAGACCCUUUACUCAUUCGCCGGGGUUGGGCUUGUUGCGGCCGAUUCCAAAACUUUGCUCAAUAGGAUUCUUUUGGAUGAGAGGGCUUACAAGAGGUGGAAUAGAGUUAAGGCAUUGGUUAUUGAUGAAAUUAGCAUGGUCCAGGCUGAGUUUUUUUUGAUAAACUUGAAUACAUUGCAAGAGAGACCAGAGAUGAUGAACAUGCAUCUAAAAACAUAGUGUGGGGUGGAAUACAACUAGUUGUGAGUGGAGAUUUCUUUCAGUUACCACCCAUUCUGGAUAAGCAGAAACUAAAAGGGGGAAAGGAAUUUGCAUUUGAGGCCGAUUGUUGGAAUUCAAGCUUUAAUGUGCAGGUGGAACUUAUGAAAAUUUUUAGGCAGUCGGAUGGACAACUAAUCAAGUUGCUUCAAGGUAUAAGAAGAAGAGAAUGUGAUCCGGAAGACUUGAAGCUCAUAGAACAAUGUUCCUUGGAAACAGAGCCAGAUUCUUCUAUGGUACGGUUCUACCCUAUGAAUAAAGAUGUGAAUAGAGUGAACGAUAAGCAAAUGGUGAGCUUGGGUGAGCAAACUGUUGAAUAUCUUGCUAUUGAAAGUGGUGAGGACCCUUGGAAGAAGCAGCUCAAACAGGGGACAGCACCCAAUACACUUGAAGUCUGUGAAGGGGCAAGGGUCAUGCUGAGUAAGAAUUUAAAUGUUGGGCGUAAAUUGGUGAAUGGUGCCACCGGCACAGUUAUAAGUUUCUACGAGUCAUACGAUGAUAAGGAUAUUACGAAAAUGUGUCGCAAAGGACUAUUGCCAGUAGUUAAAUUUGAUUCAGGGCCUGAGCUGGUGAUUUAUCCAGAGAGAUGGGUAGUAAUGGAGGGUGAACAAGUUAAAGCCACGCGAAAGCAAAUCCCUCUCAUAUUGGCUUGGGCGAUAAGCAUUCACAAGUGUCAAGGCAUGACACUUGACAGUCUUCACACUGAUCUAUCUAGGGCUUUAGGUUGUGGGAUGGUCUAUGUUGCACUUUCUCACGUGAGAAGCUUAGAUGGCCUUCAUAUAUCCGGUUUCAAUCCCUCAAAGGUUAAGGCACACCCAAAGGUUUUGCAGUUUUAUCAGAGUUUUGCCAGUAAGCAAGUUAAGCUAGGUGAGGAUGAACUUCCGCGUUUUACCCCUGAACUAUCACAAAUCGGCAUUUUGCCCCCUUGGACUGCAAAAAAGAACAAGUUAGUACCUCAACUAUCACAAAUCGUGCAAAUUAACCCCUGAAACUCAAUUCCGGCCACUUUCCGGCCCAUAAGGUCAGCACGUGACUGUCCUUUUCUUUUAAUUCUAAAAUUGCCUUGAAAAAUUUCCGUUGUAACCCUUUGCCUGUAAAUGAACCCAUUUGUUCAUUUUCCUUCUUCCAUCUGGCCUCUAAUUUGCUCCACCUUUGCACCAAACACUCAGACAAAUUUGAAGAACAAAGUUUAAGGAAAGAUAUACAUAUAUAGAUAUGUGUGUGUGUGUUUUUUUUUUCUGUAUUAUAUAUAUAUAUAUAUAUAUAUACACACACACGUGUGUACUAGGGAAGGAGAGAGGAAGAUCUAUUUGAGCUUGUAGAGAGAAAGAGAGAGAUAGCGGCAAUGAUGGAUAAUACUCCAAAACUAUCAGUAACGGAGCAUAGUUGAUAAAAACUUCGCAUAUUUCAGAUCAAUAAUACACCAUUGACAAGGAAUGAGCCUCUGAAUUUGGUGCCAUAUAAAUCUCAUCACCAAAAUAUCGAUAGCCCUUUGUUUCUCAACCCUGAAGCUGUGGCCUCAGAAAAGGAGGCCCAAAUGGAGAUCCUGAAACGCCUCAUUGAUGCCUGGUACAAUGGCAACAAAAGCACGCUCUGUGUUACUUCAAAUAGUCAUAUUUUACUCUCUUCUCUCACUGUGUCAAUGGCUAUGGCAGCUGGCAACGCCCUCGAUGAGACCAUGGGUUUAGGCCUAACAGAUUCAGAUAACAACUAUGGAAUUGGAGCUAGUGGCAGAGGACUAAUUAAAGAAGAUGGGAAUAAUGUUGGGCUGUUGGAGAACUUGGAGUCGGUGUUGCCGAUGUUUUUGGGGCACAACAGAGAGCGAGAGAUGUCAACUCUGACCCAUGUGGUGUCUGGUGAUCAGGUGGGUGAAGAUUUUGCUAAACAUGAUCAAGAGGAGGAGUAUAUAGGUGGUGGUGGUAAUAAUAAUGAUUGUAUGUGGGGUGUUGGAGGAAAGAGAAGACGCAUAGAGGAUGAUAUUGGGCAGUUAUCUGAAUCAGUUUCAAGACCAUAUUAUCAUCCAUAUACUGACUUUUCAGCAGGAGGCUCAUCUUCUAACUUGAGAGUUGCAGAAAGUUCAAGCAUUAGGACAACAAACACACAAACAACAGAGAUUGCAUAUACAUACACUCCCACAUAUGACAAUCUAGGAGAGCCAAGGAGGAAAUACAGAGGAGUGAGACAGAGGUCAUCGGGCAAGUGGGUAGCUGAAAUUAGAGACCCAUACAAAGCUGCUAAGGUUUGGUUAGGCACAUUUGACACUGCUGAAGGAGCUGCAAGAGCCUAUGAUGAAGCAGCUCUCAAGUUUAGGGGCAACAAGGCCAUACUCAACUUCCCCGAAAACGUCAGACUCCGUCCACCACCAGGAGAUUCUCCGGCCACCCAGUUGACCAUUUCGGAUUCUCCACGUACGCUUUUAUCAGUUUCAACAUCAAAUGAACCGAUUGUCCAUUCUUGUUAACAUAAUAAUACCAUCAUAUAUAUUACAAUAGUUGUACCGUGGUUGUUUCAUAUAUAUUAUAGUUGUUGUACCGUGAUUGUAGCCGUCAUUCACUUGUUCACUAGCCUAUAUAUAUUUAUCCAUUUGUAUAUGAUUAAGAUAUAUCAAUAAACAGAACCUAUAUUGUAUC